AUGAUAGCUGCAUUUCAAAUAUUGGCAUAUGGUGUACCGGCAGACGCUACUGAUGAGUACAUCAAACUAGGAGAAUCAACUGCAAUAGAAAGUGUGAAAAGAUUUUGUCGUGCUGUUGUUGAAGUAUUUGGAGGACAGUACCUGCGAUCACCCAAUGCUAAUGAUGUUGCCAGGCUUCUUCGUAUUGCAUGGGCUGGGCAAUAUUCUGAUCGUAGUGGAAAGCCAACAAUUAUUCUAGAAGUUGUGGCUGAUUAUGAUCUUUGGAUAUGGCAUGCAUAUUUCGGUUUACCUGGAUCUAACAAUGACAUUAAUGUAUUGGAGUCUUCUCAUCUUUUUUCUAACCUUGCUCAAGGUAUUGCUCCCCCUGCUCGUUAUCUCAUUCAAGAAAAAGAGUACAACAUGGUCUACACUUGUUCAAACAAUUCAAGAUCCACGCGAUACAAAGAAUAA